CAUUGCAAGAAAGAUAUUCAGGCGCAUUUGACCCGUCUAAAAGUUUGGUCAUCCAGCAGGCGUGGGCAUGUUGAACAUGUUGAAGCUGGCACCAUGGGCAUUGCAUGCAGUGACGUGGUUGAGUACGAAUGGCAGCUCAUUGCGCUUCGAGCAGGAGUGUUCGACUUUGAAUCCCCAGAUCUCGACACUACGAUAUGCCCAGUUCACCGCUACAAGUUGGGCCUUUGCUGGAUUCCGUCAAGAAUGUGUAAACAUCCUCUGCACAAAGCCACUUCCACCAGACGCCCACAAAAAGAUCGUGGCAUUUCAGCAAGCGCAUCCAGGAUGGUGUUCGAGAAGUGGAGAGUUCUUUUGCCUGUUGGUUCUGCUAUUUGUAAAGACUGCGACAAAGAACAGCACAGGCCUCAUCCCUCUUCGAAUAUCUCAACGGAACAGAAGCCUGGCACUUCCUCCGCCUAUGAUGAGCCUCUACCAUGUUCUAGUACAGAGGAAAGUUUUGUGGGUACAGUGAUUGUCGAUAUCGACCUUGAGCAUCAGAGUCGAUCACCAGUAACAUCUGACAGACAACAAGUCAAGUUGGUUUCUGAUGAGAUGAGAGGCAAAGGUGAUGAUAAUUCAUCAAUUUCUUCUGCUGGGUCUACAUGUAUCAUCCAGGGACGUCACCUUUUGUCAUCAAGUAAUGGAGAAUCACCCAGCUCCGAUAAUCUGGAUAAUGGUGAUAAACCACAUGAAUUCGACAUGUCCUGGGCCCCAACUCCAGCGCCAAAGAAUAUGCAUCUUGGCUUCCUCAAUCAGUUUCUGAAGCAAGGGGGAUGUAAUUCAGUUUCAGGACAGCUUCUUCUGCCGCUUGAUGAUGCUUCCUCAAGUACUCUUCGUUAUUACAAAAGGAAGGCAAGGGAAGCGGUUGCUUUAACGUUGCACUGCAUAGCCCCUGGACAAGAAAACGAUCUUAUGUCACUGAUCCAGCCUGCAGUGCCUUCUCCAAUGGCCGAUGAACUGGACAAGGUUGUGGUGAAAUGCUAUAAUGAUGCCUCGUCAUGGUAUAUUAGACGACAGAUAUUGUCCAUUCUUGCUCCACAUAGAACCAAAGAGCAACUAAUGGACAUGAUUCCUGGUCUCACGAAGUACAGGGUAGAUGAAGCCCGUAAACAUGCAAGGGAGGUUGGCCAGGCUCAGCCAGUCGAGGUUGAAGGUGUUACUCGUUCACGCCUUAGUCGACCAUUUUCUAGAUUUCAUCUCCCGCCCAGACUUCCUACAAGAUGUUGCAUACGGGACUAAAGUUGUGAAAUUGAGCCACGGUGAAAAGCUUGAAAUCCCCAAGGUUGUACGAACAGUGAUAACAUCAAGAAUAAUUCAGCUUUACCAAGCCUACUGUGAAGAGGUUGCCUUUGAGCCAUUGAGCAGGAGCACACUCUACUCAAUCAUUCAGGUGAGUGUAUCUCUGAGGUUUCAGUGAAAAUUCAAGUGGCAUGUGCUUCUUGUGAAGUGCUCUGGGUCAGCUGGUGAGGUGACAGAGGGCAGCACAGCCACUGCAAUGCAUAAUACAACCUAAGACGACACCACCCUCUAGAAUGU